UCCUAUAUAUGUGCAAUGCACAUAUUAAGACGUUGUAAAAGAAUACCAAAGCAAAGCUCGAAGUUAUAUUUUAGUUACCUCCUCAGUGAUUUUGUUGGAACUGUUCAAAUUAUUAUAUCGACGUUGGUAAUAACUGGCUUCGGUAUGGAGACGGAUCUUGCCUAUUGUAUACGUAUUGUAUCUUUCGGAGUUUUGCAUAACAUCUCAUCGGCAUCAAUAACUGCAGUCAUUUUAGAAAGAGUUUUCACUUUAAAGGCUUCUCUGAGAAAUCAGCAUAAAUUGAAAAGAAUGAACAUUACUAUUUUUGUUGUAUCUUUCUGGGUAUUUCAUAUACUGGAAGCGUUGGCCUUGAUGCUGAUAAGAUUUCAUAAUAUUUGUAACUUUGAAUGGUCAAACUGUGAUUUACACGAAGUUAUCAAAACAACGAAAUAUGCAUGCGGUUUGACGAUGAUCGUAUAUGACGUCAUUUUGAUAUGUGCAAAUAUAAGUAUUAUCAGGAUAGCAAGGCGUCAAUCUGUGAAAAUAGCAUCACUAACGCCAAGCGCUUAUGUAACCCGAUCCAACGAGAGUGUGAGCAGCCGACAACUUGCUGUCUUGAAGAUAAUUAUUAAUCUUGUAGCCUCGAAUAUACUUCUGAAAGCGCCAAUUAUCAUCGUCAUGGUAACCAGCACAAUUGAACCAGCUUUACGAGACAUCCCUGUAAUGAGGUCAUUCCGAGCCCUUGGCUACUUGUUUAUUCAAGUGAAUUCAUUUAUCAACUUAUUUCUUUACAUAUGGAAAAUGAAAGAAUGCAAGAUGAAUCUUUUUUUAAUUUUGUCAAAAUUCUCAAAAAAGUUUGAACAAAAAGCUAUUAGGCUUCGUUUCGAGAUAUUUGACAUUCCAGUCUAUGAAAAUCGUUUUAUGCCAGCAAUAACAGCGGCGUCAGAUCAACUUUGAAUAAUAUAUAUGUUUUUACGUUGACACAACGUUGAAUUAAUAAUGGUUUUGAACGUUUGAAUCAGCGUAUGAUAAACCCUGUUUGGACUAAAGUUCAGAUCUACUUAAAUAAUUUCUUGCAUGCAGAUGAUAGAUCUGAUUGUCGUC